CAGCUGGUUACAAAUUGUCUAAGGAAGACGUAUGCUUCAAGGUGAGAUCUGAAAGAAAGUUUCAUGACAUUGAAUGUAUGGAGAAUGUGACAUUGAAGGCAAUGAGAGAUUUCUACAAAAGUGGAGUGAUGGAUUACAACUACUACAGUGGAACUACAGGUUUUCAAAGAAGAUACGAACGCCAGUAUCUGAACUUACUCUCCAAAUAUGGCAAUUAUGCAUUUAACUACGACAACGUUACGUCUAACUACAGGGGAGCCUAUGUUUACACGUGUGAACCACAAGGACUAGUAGUUGGGACCCUUGGUACAGAGGAACUGAAAUGGCGAUUCCGGCAUAUUAUUGGAAAUAGAGCCAGUGUACUGCUGGUUGCCAUGUUGCUGGAUAAGUAUACCUACAAAUGGGCCCCCAAAAAAGGGUCGGCACCAGACACAAGACUCACUGCCAUCUAUGACUAUAGCCAGAGGUUAACGGAUACUAACAAGUGCGUGAAGUUAGUUACACAUUUGAAUAGGUGUUAUUUGAGAACUGUCAACUGUGAAGAACAAUUAAUGUUCGUGUGUGCAGAGAUGACUGGAACUAAUGCACAUGACCUGCAGCUGUUUACUACAAAAGCUACAUACGACGACGCCCAAAGGGAAUGCAUGUCUGUAGGAAAAAUGCUUGUUCCACUUUAUAGUGGAGGCUUGAAUCAUGUAUUCGACUUCCUUAAGCAAGAAAACAUAACCCUUUCGGUAUACACAGCAUAUUACACUGGUCACUACUUAGUGAACAAAGAAUAUACCUAUCGCUGGUUGUAUGGAAUAGGAGGACUGGUCAAAGAGCAAGAUAUGAACUUCCGGUCAACUUAUACAAACGACACCAAAGACUCUCACCAACAAGUUAUAUACUAUCCAGAUACUGACAGCUAUGGGCUGGCAAUAUUAAAUAGCAACGAUUACUAUAACUUCGUUUGUCAAAGUAGAUAUCCUUCGAUGUGGCUAUCAGCUGGACGCGACAACAAUACAGCCAAUAUUUUAAUACAACACCGCUAUACAAAGGGAUACCUGGUGUCCUCCGAAAACUUUCUGUCAUACGCUUGCUCUAUAGAUACCGUUGAUAUUGUCCGGUCACUGGUUUUACCUAGGAAGUGAACAUGUGUCAACUCAUGUAAUACAUGCUUUUAUAAAACAUAUUGUAACCAGGAGAGUAAGAUUAUCAUAAGAAAUAUAAUAGUUAUACAUAAUUAGAAAUGAUGCCACAGUAAGCGUUUGCUUCGUUAUAAAAAUGCAGACAGGAACACAGACCAUUGUAGUUAGAAAUUAAGAAGACGACAACAAAGGCGAACAUGCAAUACUACAAUUACUGUAAAAUAAACUGAAGAGCAUUUCCACUGUAUAAAGAGCCAAGUGUCAAUGAAAAUUUGUCAAGGUUAAAAUGUCUGAAGAAAAAAUCAUCAAAGGUCAACAACGCCUUGGAAAACAGAAAAGAACAAUGUGUUAAAAUCCCUCGAAAGGGCAACAUAUACUGUAUAUUUAUAAAAUCUAGAACAUGCUAUUUGCUUUCAAGGGUGAAGGUAAGUUGUGUAUAAAACAAGUGCAGUCGCAUUAGAACGUGAUAUUUCUUAGAUUUGCCCUAGAUUUACAUGUCGAGUGUCGUCGAUGAAGACAUUUACUCCUCUAGGACACAUGUCUUUGUAUCUAUCUGUAUGUCAUUCAUCAUUUUAUAUUGAUUUUGAGUGGAAGUCGCCGUUUCAUUCAUAACUCGGUAUUUUUUUUUUAUUUAAGUAGGAUCUAUGUAUUAUUGCAUAGUUACUAUAUCUAUAUAUCAUGUAGGAACACGUAUGCUUCCCGAACAAAAGACCAAUCGAUAUCAAAUGGCGUGUUCCCAUUACCACGAUUUCCGUGAAAGAUUCCAACCACUGACGAAAAAAUAACAAGCUAUUGAAAGAUGCAGUUUGAUGAAGACUAUGGGAACGUUUUAAGGUGUUAUAUCAGGAUCAUUUGGAAUUUUUUUAUGUUCAUGCGUCAUAAAAAGUAAAACAUAUCUCGUAUUUUUAUAUAUGCCUGAUGGAUCCGUGUUCAUCAUUCUACUUUUAUUUUGAGAAUGUUAUUUAACGAAUUUCACCUGCAAGUGCAUGGCGGACGUCAUCUAUGAAAUAGAAAACGCUUAAAAUUCCGGAGCAUCUUCUUUUCUUGUACUUUUUAAUGGGUUUUCAUGCAUAUUCUAUUCCUAUUCUGUCUUCGUUUUAUCGAAUUUGAGUUAAAGUAAGUCUCGUUAUUAUGUCUGUAUUUCUGUAUUUUCUUGUUCAUGACAUUCCUCUCUCUCUCUCUCUCUCUCUCUCUCUCUCUCUCUCUCUCGCUCUCUCUCUCUCUCGUCUAGUUACUCUUCGAUCAGUUUCAGAACAUCUUGAAUUCAAUGAAGUGAAAUGAGUUCAAUGUAGCUAUAACCUGAUUGUGGCGAAAGACAACAGCUGUAUGAACCUGUAUUGGUAUCUGUAUCUAAUUUGUUUCGCUUUGUAUUUAUAGUUGUUCAUAAAUAUUCAAUAAAGCAUGAAUCUAAUGAUAAUCAUAUACCUUGUAUCACUGUUGUUACAUUAAAAGACCUUAUUUCAACUACACUGAAUAAUAACUAGAUAUUUGAUUU